AUGGCAGCUCGAAGGCCUGAUAUUGUUGUUGGUAUCGAUGUUGGCCAAACGUGUUCGGGUGUCGCGUACUCCAUUGGACCUGACUGGCACCACCCUCGCACCAUCAACCUCUGGCCCGGCUCUCAUGGCAAUAUCAAGGCAGACAAAGUGGCUACGGCCGUUGGGUACAGUCGAGAGAAGGACGGCGUACAAGCAUGGGGCUUUGAGUGCAUGUUCGGCGACGCGAAACUUGAGGUUCGGGAGCAAUUCAAGUUGACCUUGGACCAUGACUACGAAGACUAUCGAGGCUUCGAAUCCCAUCACGCGAGACGCUGGUAUGGCGACUACCUUAAAUGCCUGUACGCGGAGAUCGUCAAAUUCUUCAACGACUCUGUCCCCAAGUGGCACAGUCUCCAUGUUGAAUACAGCUUCAGCACUCCCACCACCUGGACCAACCCGGCUAUGAUCGCGAGUAUCGAGGGUCUCAUCAAAGCAGCCGGUUUUACGAGUACGCCACGCCAGACAGUACGCAUGGGACUGACGGAAGCCGAAGCGGCCGCCAUUGAUGCUUGCAAGACAAAAUAUGCCAGCGACGAUGCUGGAGGCGGCACCACAGAUGUCAAUCUGCUGAAAGUCAAGUCGCUCGACGACGACCAGGUUGAACUAGAACCGCUGGAUCAUGUGGAGGGAGUUCCGGUCGGAUCUACUCUCAUCGACUAUCGCAUGGCAGAGCACAUAGUUCAGCGGCUUGAACCGAUUGCUGAUUACCUGGACGGUGAUUUGUACUGUCUCGCCGAGGAGAUGCUAACUGGCAAAUUUCAGACCAUCAAGCACUCCUUCCCCAAACCGCUGGUAGAUCAAUACUGGCUAGAUGUGAAAGGCUUGGCAGGUGCGCAGAGCUUCCCUGAUGUUGGCAUCAAGGACUCCCGAAUGUCGAUAGCUCGUGAGACCUUGAAAGGCAUCUUUGAUCACCAGGUGUCGCAAAUCUUCGAGCUGAUCGAUGGACGGCUCUUGGCGCUUCAAGAAGAGUUUUUCAACCUACAAGUCUCUUACAUCAUCCUCUCCGGUGGCCUUGGCAGUUCUCCAUACCUUUACGACCAACUCAAGAGACGGUACGAGAAGAACGAGGGAUUCGCCUCUAACAAUACGGCAUUGAUCCGUAUCAUGAGAGUACUAGAACCACAGCUUGCUGUUGUACGUGGCUUGGUGAGAGAACGUACGCAACAACUUGGCAAAGGACCAAGCGCUGGACAAGACGUCUAUAAGACCAGACAUUGUCGAAACAGCUACGGUGUAGCUGUUCGUGAACCAUACAAUUUUGCAAAACACGGAAUGGUGUCCACGAUCAAGGGAAAUGAUGGCCGAGAGUGGGUUGAGAAUUGCAUCGAGUAA